AUGAAUCUUCAGCCAAGUCCUGGAGACAUUAAAACAGAAUCCUAUAAAUUGUUGGUUUUUAUUUACUUUUGUUACCUCCUAGACAAAGCAGAAUCACAACCCAAACCCACACCUAAAGGCGACUGGCGGCAAGUAGUAACCUUUGGAAUCACAGCGGUAAAUAUACAAGGGUUCGAAAUGGCAGCUGAAAAAUUAGAGGUGUGCCCCAAAGAGGAUCUUGUAGAGGAAUUGAUGGAGUAUUUAGUUUGUCCGAGUGUGCAUAUCAAAGAUAAUGAUCAGCAAGUUGUUGCCAUACAGAUGUACGCGGUUGUGUUGCUUUACAACUAUUACCACCGGAAACUACAUCCAAAAAUAGAACUUUUGGAUUUUGUUGCAUUUUGUGAGUUGUCUGUGUUUUUGAGACCGUCAAUGAAAGCUUUCAUGAAAUCCACUAUUCAAGCUGAAUCUACGGAGAUGAACAACACUGAGGAUGAGCUUUCAAUCACAGAGAAAGAAAUCAAGAGUGCAUGCAAUAUCUCAAUGGCUCUAGAUGCGUCAAAAGAUGUUCCAAACAUAGAAGGGUGGCCUGUUUCAAAGGUUUCGGUGUUAUUAGUCGAUGCAAAGAAAGAAAAUUGUUUACUCAAAUUUGGUAAUGUCACUAAGGGAGUUUGGUCACUUAUUGAAAUAGACCUUGAUGAAUCUAAAAUCAAUUCCAAAAUUUCUGCGAAGGAAAAGAUUGGUAAAAAGAGGAAAAGAAAAACUAGAAGAUCAGCUGACCCAAAAAAUGCUGUUGAAGAUGGGUUUCAGCGGCUUGCAUUUGAUACAGUUAAGGAAGAGACAGGUAUUAACCGCUCAGAUCUAGUGAUUUUGGAAACACAUAUCGUGUAUUCAUUAAAUAAAGAAAAUACAGCAACUCAAGUUUAUAUUAUGCAAUGGAUCCAAUGGAAGCAAUCGAUCUGCGAAUACAAAGAAUUUCUUGUUGAAUAUGUUUUGAAGAGUUUGCAGGGUCCAUUAGUAGAAAAGAUUACUGGUUUCUGGACAAUUAGACCAGUCGUUGAGUAUUAUCGCAUGCUUCCCUAUGUAGGGAUCAUGUCAAGCUGGUUUUUAAGAUGGAUUUGGUUGGUGGUUAUUAUGAUGCUGGUGAUAAUGUUAAAUUUGGUCUUCCAAUGGCUUUUACCAUUACAAUGCUUUCAUGGAGUGUUGUUGAGUACCGGGAUCGGAUUGUGGAUGCAGGGGAAUAUCGCCAUGCCCUUGAAGCUAUCAAAUGGGGAACUGAUUAUUUCAUUAAAGCAAAUGGUGGAUGCCCCCGUCACCGCUACGCAUGCAGAUUUACUCAGAAAAGCAGCUGAACUUUCACUGGAGAAUGAGAAUUUGAAGAAGAGAGCAGAGAUUUGA